CAAAAAUAUUCUCAUGCUCGAAAUCAUCGGACAGUCAAGUGUUUCGACAAUAUUAUUAGUAAUAAUAAUAUUAAAUACUUCUGAAUAGCUUUUGGGCUGCCGGAAAAGUGGUGGUCUGAGUGUCAAAAUUUAAUAUUGUCGAAAAAUAAAAUAAAUAGUGUACAAAAUGUACACAUCAACAGUAACACAGUUUGAGGAGCCUCCAAAAAAGAGACCUGUAAAUGAAAUCACUGUUGAAACUCUCUCAGCAGUUGAUGAACCAACAGCCGAGCAGCCUUUAAUCUGGCGAAAUAUUAUCGGAAUUUUUUUACUACAUGCAUUUGCUGUUUACUCAUUGGCAACUAGAUACCACGAAGCAAAAUGGCAGACAUGGAUAUUCAGUCCUCUUUGGGGAGUAGCUGCAGGCGUGGGAAUCACUGGAGGGGCACAUCGGCUCUGGGCACACAGAAGUUACUCGGCAAAAGUACCUCUCAGAAUAUUGCUGGCAUAUCUUUACUGCAUGGCUGGGCAAACACACAUGUCCAAAUGGAUCCGUGAUCACAGGACUCAUCACCGUUACAGCGAAACUCAUGCUGAUCCUCACAAUUCACACCGCGGCUUCUUCUUCUCUCACGUAGGCUGGCUAAUGAUGCGCAGACACCCCGCAGUGAAGAAGUAUGGAAGCAAAAUAGACAUGAGUGACAUAAAAAAUGACCCAGUCAUUCAAUUUUUCGACAAGUAUUACACUCCAAUUAUGCUCUUCUCUGCCUUCGUAUUGCCGACAAUGAUACCUGUUUAUUGUUGGAAUGAAAGCUGGUCUAUAAGCUUCAGAUCAGUAAUUAUUCGCUAUGUUUGGUUGUUGAACGCAACCUUCGCCGUCAACAGCUUCGCUCACAUGUUUGGCAAUCGUCCGUACAACAAAACAGCAAAGCCCACGGAGAACUCUACAGUGGCAUUUUUCACUCUCGGCGAGGGUUGGCACUCAUACCAUCAUACGUUUCCGUGGGACUACAAGGCGGCUGAAUUGGGCGCUUACGGUCUUAAUGCAACAACAGGAUUUAUUGAUAUUAUGUCGUGGUUUGGUCUUGCUUAUGAUCUUAAGAAAGUAAACAAGGAAUUGGUCGAGCGAAUAAGUCGCAGUAAAGGGGAUGGAACUGACAGUUAUUGGGGCAACAAACAUUCUCACCACUGAUUCGUUUCAUCAAAGAAUCAUCAGAAUAUUAUUAAUUUAAUUAUUCAAAAUUUCUAUCAAAAUACACAGCACUACUUCUGAAAUAAAGUAAUCAUUCAAAUUUUUCGGUAACAAGUGCUUUAAUAGUAUUAGAAACAGUUGUUCACAACAGUUUAUUGAAGAUUAUUUAUCAUAUUAUUAAUUACACUGUUAAAUAGAAUUAUGUAUAUAAUUAUAAUUUUGAUAAAUAUUUGAAACCGGCGGUAAAUUUGGAAUUAUAUUUUAAUAUAUAAAUUUAAUUUAAGCAUAUUUCGUUAGAAUAUUUUCACAAAGUGCUUUGCAUAAUAUUGAAGAAGGAUAAAAAAAAUAAAUGGUUAAUAUAAUAAGUUUUAACAUAGAUUGAAUGAAGAUGGAAUUUAAUUUAUCGCGGUAGUUAUAAUAUUUUGUCAAAAUCUGAAAUUACAAUAUACGGCAUUUUUUUUUUUUUGUUAACAACCGAACAUAAAGUUAUAAAAGUAUUUCUUAAUGAAUGUGUUGUAAAAAUACCUUGUGAUAAAAAAGGCUACAUAAAUAUUUAACAAAGUUGUCAAUUUAAAUGUUUUGUAAACGUGCAAAAAUAGUCAGCCGGAAAAAAAAAUGUUUGAUAAAUUUAUGCGGCAGUUAACUCACGUAAUAAUAACCAUAAAAAAAUAAUAAUAAAUAUAACGCGAAAGAAUGAAGUGAAUAAACAGUUAAAUGAUUCAUAUGAUGCAAUAGAGCGGUAUAAUAUAUAUGUUUUUUAAAAAUAGUACAUUUUACAGUUGGUGAAUACAUUCAAAUCAAUAGUCGCAAAAUUCCGUUUCACGGUUACUUUAACAAGUUUCUUGGCGAAACCUCGUGAAAUCCCUAAAAUUCAAUAUGCCGGUCAACCGUAUGGAAAUUAAACUCCGAAAGUUUUCCAGUUUCAGUCCAAAUAAUUAUUACUUUUAUAUUUUUUUUAUAAAUAUUAUUUUUACUUGAUUUUUUUGUCGAAUAAAUAAAAUAUUUUUUAA